UCCCAAUAAAUCCAGGAGGCGGGGCGGGGUGUGGGAUUGGAAGAAGGAAGAGGGGGGAGAAGAGAUGAUGGAGAAAGCGAGGGAGACCCUGUCCCUAGGAGCAGAAGAAUCGGAGCGGGUAGCGAGCCUGGACGUCCGGCCGCACCGCGCCGGAGACGCAGCCAGCUUCUACGAAGGCUUCGCUCUCCGGGGAAUCCGGGUCGACCGCAUCCAGCGCGGAUCCCUCUCCUGCACCUUCAAAGUCCCUCCUCGACUCACCGAUGUGAGUGGAAACUUGUCAGCAGGCGCCAUAGCAAACCUGGUGGAUGAGGUGGGAGCGGCUGCGAUACAUGCUGAUGGUCACCACAUGAAGGUCUCGGUCGACAUGUCCAUUUCGUACAUGUCAACUGCCAAGGUCGAUGAUGAAUUGGAGAUCACCUCAAGUGUUUUGGGGCACAAAGGAGGCUAUUCUGGAACCUAUGUAUUGUUGAGAAACAAAACAACUGGAGUGAUUGUUGCUGAAGGUCGACACUCAUUGUUUGGUAACCUUAAAAGCAAGAUUUAGUUAUUUUGAUGAUUUAGCUACAUGCCUUGCUGAUGCGUCUUCUCUCAGCACUGAAGCCUCUAGUUUGCAAUAUUACUUGAUUUAUCACUUGGCAGCGGAGCAUCUGGACUGAAUGCUCGAGAGCUGCAACUGGCCGUCAUGUUUGUAUCCACUUCUGUCACUGCUAUAUUUCCAGCAACAAAGUGAUGUCGUGCUGCAGGUUUUAUAUUUCUGUGGGGAAUGCAGCAGGAUUUUAGAAUUGCCUUAUUCCUGUCUUAAGAUCGAAAUGAAAGGUUAGAUAUAGAUUAAUAUGGCAAUCUUUCUCUCAAUAUCGGCAUCUGCAGAAAUUUAAGGUUUGGCGUAUGCUAAUAGAGUAACUGCUCUCAGUACCAUCAUUGGCAUCUGAAAAGUUAUUCUCCAGGUUUAUAACCUCUUGUAUGCUCUUGGACUUAUGCUGUUCUAUUGUUGGAAAACCUCAACGGGAAUAUGCCCAUAGUUUUAUAGCUCCAAGCAAUUUUUACUGGUGCAGAACACAAUUCAUAGGUGCUUCUCUUACAUAUUUCUUGUGUAAAUUUCAUAAAAUAUUGUAGAUGAAAUCCACAUUAUCAUGUGAUGCAUGUGGGUAUCCUUCAACGAAAGGAAGGAUGUAGACUUUGUGCGGGCACCAUGGUGCGAAUAGCAGAAAUAAACCUGCAUCGGAGUUAAUAUGGAUAGAUUUUGUUGCUUGGGCAAA